AUGGCCGAUCCGGAGAAGGCUGAAGCGAGCCAUGGCGCGGUGACAAAUGCGACAAGUGCGACGGGGCCCGAUGCGGCGCCCGUCGGGUCUCGCACGAACAUCACAUUCAGCGACCAGCGCAUCCAGUUUGUCUCGCCAGCGCGGCCGCCCCGGGCUCCGCGGGCUGGCAGCACCGACAAUGCAGCGGCGCGCCCAAAGGCCCCGGCGAUCCCCCAGGUCCUCACCUCGGAGGAGCAGAGUCGCCGCCAGCGCCAGCAGGAGCACGAGAAGAAGCAUGUCGACAUCGACGAGCAUCUCAUGGCGCCCGAGGAGGUGGCGGCCAAGUACAGCACGCGCAUCAACCUGGCCAAGCCGGCCGAGUCGCUGGGACUGACGACGCAGCAAGCCGAAGACAAGCUCCGCGAGCACGGCCGGAACGUCCUGACGCCGCCCAAGAAGCGCCACCCAUUGCUCAAGUACCUCGACUACUUGACGAGCCUGUUCAAUUUGCUGCUGAUCACCUACCUCGGCGCGAUUCUCAUCGCGGUCGCCAACAUCAAUGCCUUCAUAGAAUUCUACCAGCAGCGCAAGUCGCAGGCCCUGCUCGAGUCCUUCCUCAACAUGAUCCCGGCCAAGUGCAUGUGUCUGCGCGACGGCAAGCUCGCCCAGAUCGAGGCCGCCCAGCUCGUGCCCGGCGAUGUGGUGUUCGUGCGCAUGGGCGACAAAACGCCGGCCGACGUCCUGGUCUUCUGGGCCUCGGACUGCAAGGUUGACAACUCGUCGCUGACGGGCGAGUCGGAGCCGCAGGAGCGCACCAGGGAGAACGACAUGCAGAACCCGCUCGAGGCCCACAACGUGCUGUUCAACAGCACGCUGGUCGUCUCCGGCGAGGCCUACGGCAUCGUCAUCCGCACCGGCGACGCCACCGUGCUCGGUCAGAUCGCCCACCUCACGGCCGGCGAGAAGAAGGUCACGUCGCCGCUGACGGUCGAGAUCGGCAACUUUGUCAAGAUCAUCGCCACCAUCGCCAUCAUCACGGCCCUGAUCUUCUUCGGCAUCUCGUUCCCGGUUAAUAACAAUAACGUGUCGUUGGCCAUCAACUUUGCCAUUGGCAUCGUGAGCUUCAAGGCUUGGGUGCCCGAGGGUCUGCCGGCCACCGUCACUCUGCUGCUCACCAUUGCAGCCAAGCGAAUGGCGAAGCAGAAUGUCCUCGUCAAGGAUCUGCAAGGCGUGGAGACGCUCGGUGCUAUCACCAUGCUGGCCACUGACAAGACAGGCACUCUGACGCGGAACCAAAUGAAGGUGGCCAAUAUCUGGACAUGUGGCGAGCUCUACGAGGCAUCGUACGGCGCGCUCCAAGAAAAGAAAGUGGCAAGUCUCGACAAGCCUGGGGUUUCCGAGAUAUUGCACAUCUCCUCGCUCUGCUCGCGCGCCAAGUUCGAUCGCACAGACGUCCCCGUUAGCAGCCGGGAAGUGCUGGGCGACGCGACCGAGACCGGGCUCAUCCGCUACGCUGCCGACCAGCUCAGCAACUUUGACAUCCUGGCCGAAAAGUUCCCCAAGGUCUUCGAGCUGCCCUUCAGCUCGGAAACAAAGUGGCAUAUGACAAUCCACCAGAAAGCCCACAACGACGGUGCGUUGACGCUGUACAUCAAGGGCGCGCCGGAGCGAGUCUGGCGUCUGUGCAACCGCGUCCUUGUCGGGCCAGACGGCGCCAGCGAGCCCCUGACGGACCAACACAAGCAGGCGUACGACGAAGUCUAUGAGCAGCUGGCCAGCCGCGGCCAUCGUGUUCUGGGCUUUGCGCAGCUGCUGCUUCCGGGCGACCAGUACCCCGAGGACUUCGUGUUUGACAAGAAAGAGAAGAACUAUCCCCUGGGCGACUUCGUCUUCGUCGGCCUCGCCUCGCUGCAGGAUCCGCCCAAGCACGGCGUCCGGGAGGCCAUCGGAGCCUGCCGCGCCGCCGGCAUCAAGGUCAUCAUGGUCACGGGAGACCACCCUCUGACCGCCGAAGCCAUCGGGCGCAAGAUCAACCUGAUGCUGGGAGAAACCAAGGCCAUGGUGGCGAAGCGGACCAAGCGGCCGCUCGACCAGAUCGCCGACAACGAAUACAAGGCCGUGGUAAUCCACGGCGAGCGGAUCGACUCGCUCACGGACGCCGAGUGGGACAGCAUCUUCAUGAAGGACGAGAUCAUCUUCGCGCGGACCUCGCCCAAGCACAAGCUCGAGAUCGUGCGCCGCGCGCAGAGCAUGGGCCACAUCGUCGGCGUGACGGGCGACGGCGUCAACGACUCGCCCGCGCUCAAGGCGGCCGACCUCGGCAUCGCCAUGAACAAGUCCGGCUCCGACGUGUCUAAGGAAGCGGCCUCCAUGAUCCUGCUCGACGACAACUUCGCCAGCACCGUCCGCGGCAUCGCCGAGGGACGCCUCAUCUUCACGAACUUGAAGAAGUCCAUCAAGUACACCAUCAGCCACUCAAUGCCCGAGGUCAUCCCGAACCUGCUCUACGUCAUCGUGCCCAUCCCGCUGCCCCUGAGCGCCAUUUUGAUCCUGGUCAUCGACCUCGGCUUCGAGCUGAUCGCCGCGCUCUCCUUCGCCUGGGACCCCCCCGAGACCAAGGAAGGGCUCAUGCGGCUGCCGCCGCGCAAGCCCGUCACGCCCGAGACGACCGACAUCUUCCGCCGCCGGGCCCUGCGCCGUAACCGCGCGCACUUUGACGCCGAGGCCGGUGUCGUCGUCGCGCCCGAGAACCAGACCAAGCUCCAGGCGUUCCUCCACCGGCUCCGCCAGCUCUUCACCAAGGACUACUGGGCCGACAAGUUCGAGCACACGGGCGCGGAGGUGCUCGUCGACGGCUCGCUGCUGUCGUGGGCGUACCUGGAGAUCGGCGUGCUGCAGUCGGUCGGCGCGCUGACGGCCUUCUUCCUGGUGCUGCACACGCGGGGCAUCUCGAUGAGCGACGCGCGCGCGAUGCAGCGGGGCGCCGGCCCGCCGACCAACUACUGGACGCGCGACGCGCAGCCGUACAACGGCAUCGACGGCCCGGCGCAGGCCGACAUCCUGGCCGAGGCGCAGAGCAUGUACUACUGGGCCGUCAUGACGAUGCAGAUGUUCAACCUGUUCGCCUGCAAGACCCGCCUGACGCUGCCCUUCGGCCGCUACAUGUUCGCCAACCGCAAGACGUUCUACUGCAUCCUCGCCGGCGCCUCGCUCGCCACCUUCAUCGUCUACACCCCCGGCGUCGAGGUCGUCUUCGGCACCAGCCGCAGCCUGCUGCCGCUGUACUGGCUCGUCCCCAUGGCGUUCGGCUGCGUCAUCAUCGCGUACGCCACGCUGCGCAUGCUGAUUACGCGCCACACGAAUCCGGUCAAGUGGAACCCCGAGAUCCCGGGCUUGCAGAUGUUCCCGACCAUCCGGACGGUCCUCAGCAGGUCCAGCAGUCAGCACAGGCCGGCGUGA